GUCGGGGACAGGGAACUUAGCGUACCAAACUUGCGUUUCCUCCGUGGUACACCUGUACACACAACGUCACACAAACACUAACUAAAUAUAAAAAUAAAUAAUAAAUUAUAUAUAUUAGGUGACGAAUAGCUUUUGUUUUGGAUUCAGUGGCAUUUUCAUUCGAAGAACCCUAGCUCAGUUUUGUCUCCUACUCAGCAAUUCAUUUAGCAAAUUCCAACUACAAGACAGAAAGUCGAAAGUCUAUGCAGUAAGCUAGUGAAUUCAAAUGGAUCAGCAAGUAAAUGGACAGCCCCAAGGUAUGGGAGUGGUGGGUAGCUCUGCUCAGAAUCCACAAAGUGUGACAUCAUACCAAGGUAACCAAAUGACAGUACCCUCUGGCCCUGCAUCAGCUGGUUCAACUCAAUCUUCCCAGACAGCUGGACUCUUGACCUCUCCAGCUCAGAUGGCUCAACACCAACUUGCUUAUCAGCACAUCCAUCAGCAGCAGCAACAGCAAUUGCAACAGCAACUCCAGAGUUUUUGGGCAAACCAAUAUGAAGAAAUUGACCAGGUAACAGAUUUUAAGAAUCAUAGCCUGCCAUUGGCUAGGAUCAAGAAGAUAAUGAAGGCAGAUGAAGAUGUUAGAAUGAUAUCAGCUGAAGCACCUGUUAUAUUUGCCCGAGCCUGUGAAAUGUUCAUUCUUGAGCUGACGUUGCGUGCAUGGAACCAUACAGAGGAGAACAAAAGGAGGACACUCCAGAAAAAUGACAUUGCAGCAGCCAUUACAAGGACGGACAUAUUUGAUUUCUUGGUUGAUAUUGUACCAAGAGAGGAUCUAAAAGAUGAGGUGCUUGCUUCAAUCCCCAGAGAGAGCCUUCCUGUUGGGGGUCCUGCUGAAGGACUUCCUUACUAUUACAUGCCACCACAACCUCCUGCUCCUCCACUUUCAGCUCCAGGGAUGUUUGUGGGGAAGCCCGUGGAUCCUGCUCUAUAUGCUCAACAGCCUCAUUCUUAUAUGGGUCAGCAGAUGUGGCCACAACCACCACCACCACCUCCAGAUUCUUAAGCAGAAGUAAUUGCUGGAAAGGGCUCUUCGGAUUUAGAAAUGCAAGGGGAGUACUUGGAAAUGGGAUUGCACUGUGAAAAGCCGCGAGAUUUCACACUAAAGGUUUAUGGGCUUGAACUGCAGUUAGCAAGUCUUGUAUGAUAUGACUUUGGCACUUCUAAACUUUACUUCGUUAUAACCUAUCAAUAAGCGUGGCACUGAUAUAUAUAAAUCACUAUUUGAACUUUAUUUAGUUAUCUUUCUGGAUCUUUCUUC